UCGAGUCAACACUACCAUAAAACCCUUCAAAGAAGAAGGGCUAACAAUUAUGAGUUUCUGAGCCCAUUUUUGUGGAAAUAUUAACGAUGUGGUUCUCACUGCUAUGAUUCCUAACUACCAGCACAUUAUCAAAAAGAAGUACAUGAUCCAGCAGGAGAAACCACAGUUGGUUGGCACUAUGCCUGUGGUGUGGCCCACCCUCCUUGAUCUGGGUAGAGAUGAGUGUAAAAGAAUACUCCGGAAGCUUGAGUUGGAGGCGUACGCUGGUGUUAUAAGUGCUCUUCGAGCACAAGGGGAUCUCACAAAGGAUAAGAAAGAUCUUCUUGGGGAACUUACCAAAGUCCUUAGCAUCUCUACUGAACGGCAUCGCGCAGAGGUCCGCAGAGCAGUAAAUGACGAGCGCCUGACUACAAUUGCAUAUCAUAUGUCUGGACCAAACAGUUCUUCCGAAUGGUCUGUGGAAGGGCGUAGACUGGUCCCUUUGAUGCCCAGGUUGGUUCCCCAGACAGCGUUCACAGUAACUGCUAAUGCUGUGGCCAGUGCGACAGCCCACCAAAAUGCAUCCCUUCUCUCACCUGCGGAGACUGGUAAUAAAGAAGUGGUGGUUUGCUACUCGUACACGAGCACAACAUCUACGGCCACCAACGUGGCCAACGCGCCCAGCGGCAGCGGAGCUUCUACGGUCAAGUCCCCACGGCCUGCCAGCCCCGCGUCCAAUGUGGUGGUCCUCCCCAGCGGAAGCACCGUCUAUGUCAAGAGUGUGAGCUGUGCCGACGAGGAUGAGAAACCUCGCAAACGUCGGCGCACCAACUCCUCGAGCUCCACUCCAGUGAUGCUUAAGGAAGUGCCCAAGAUCAUGCCCCCGAUGUCCAAAACCAUCACCGUGCCCGUGAGCGGCAGCCCAAAGAUGAGCAACAUCAUGCAGAGCAUCGCCAACUCUCUCCCUCCUCACAUCUCCCCAGUAAAGAUAACCUUCACCAAGCCGACCACACCUACUACCAACACCACCACCCAAAAGGUGAUUAUUGUAACCACCUCUCAAAGCUCUAGCUUUGUUCCCAACAUCCUCUCCAAGUCCCACAACUACGCGGCCAUGUCCAAGCUGGUGUCCACGUCCGUUCUCACUUCCUCCAGUCAAAAGCAAACGGUUGUCAUCCCAACCAGUCCCAACCCAGGCUCUUGCACAAACACUGUGGCUGUUACCUCCGUAGUGUCUUCCACACCCUCUGUGGUAAUGUCCACUGUGGCUCAAGCCACUUCCUCAGCAGCUGUGAAAGUUGCCACAGCAAGACUUCCCUCUCCAAAGACUUUGGUCGGUACACCAACACAGAUCCUGGCCCAGUUUCCCAAAAACCAACAACAGGCGUCCAAACAGAUCCAGCAGGGUAGCCCUGUUCCGUCUCCACUGGGGGCGGCUCAGACCACUUCUACAUCCCCUAUCAGUAAGCCUACCAUCCAGAUAAAGCAGGAGUCUGGAGUGAAGAUCAUCACGCAGCAGAUGCAACCAAGUAAGAUCCUCCCCAAGCCGUCGUCUGCCACGUUGCCUGGCAACAGUGCUUCACCCAUCAUGGUGGUCAGCAGUAACGGAGCCAUCAUGACAACAAAGCUGGUGUCCACACCCACAGGCACCCAGGCCACGUACUCACGACCGACAGGCAGCCCCACAAUAGCGGGCAGAAUGUCAACUUCUCCAGGAGGGGCCACCUAUGUGAAAACUACCAGUGGCAGCAUCAUCACAGUGGUCCCCAAAUCUCUUGCAACGCUUGGAGGCAAGAUUAUCAGCAGUAACAUAGUGUCUGGCACAACCACAAAGAUCACCACCAUCCCGAUGACCUCCAAGCCAAAUGUCAUUGUGGUCCAGAAGACAACGGGGAAAGGAACUACAAUUCAAGGAUUACCUGGGAAGAAUGUUGUCACCACGCUGUUAAAUGCAGGAGGUGAGAAGACUUUACAAGCAGUUCCCGGAGCAAAGCCAGCUAUUAUCACUGCCUCCCGUCCUAUUACCAAGAUGAUCGUCACCCAGCCCAAAGGCAUCGGCCCAGGAAUGCAGCCUACUACCACCACCAAAAUCAUCCCCACCAAGAUAGUAUAUGGACAGCAAGGAAAAACUCAAGUUCUAAUCAAACCCAAGCCGAUGACCUUUCAGACAGCUGUUGUGAGCGAGCAUACUCGACAGUUGGUGAGUGAGACCCUCCAGCAGGUGGCUAGACCCGCAGAUGCAGGAGCUCUCCCUGGCCAGGAGGGGGUGCCGAAGGACGAUUCAUCAACCUUCACAGAAAGCAGCCCAACCCCAUCUGAGUCAAUGCAUAGCACUCAAGAUGCUCAACCCGUUGUUCGGGUAAUGGCCUCCAGGGGGCAGGAGUGGACUGAACAGGAGGUUGAGACCAGUCCCACCAUUAUUUACCAGGAUGUGUUGGGGGAGUCUCAGUCUGCCACCUCCACCAUUAAGGCUCUGCUUGAGCUCCAGCAGACGACAGUGAGGGAGAGGAGCGACUCCAAACUCCGGCAGCACACCAUUGAUCUAAGCCAGAUGGCUGUUCCCAUUCAAUCGGCCCAGGAGAAGAGGCCCUCCCCAGAGCCUCCUGGACACCCACAGGGGGAGGCUGAGGUCCUCACAGAGUACAUCCCAGCUGGUAUGAGCAGGGGCUGCUGUGCUAGUCAAUUCCCCCCAUCCAGUGCCCCUGCUGUAGGGUCAGUCAGUGUGGUGGCCACCUCCUCCUCCUCCUCCUCCUCCUCUUCCUCCUCCCAGCAGCAGCAGCAGCAGCAGCAGGUUGUCUCAUCCCUGUUUAACACUCAGACAGUGGUGGCGGUGGCAAAGUCCAGCCCAACGUCGUCUGCGUCGACAAGCUCCCACUUCAUCCAGCAGAGUGGAGGAAGUCCAUCUGUGUUGAGCAAACAGGCCGAGGAGCAGGCGAUGGAGGAAGGAGAGAUGGAGGGCGACACCCUGGAUCCACAGACAGGGCUCUUCUAUAGGUCAUCUCAAGCCGCCGUCCAGCCUCAGCAUCAACAGAGACCCACUCUGGCAGCCCAGUCAGAACCGACCCGACCACCACCACCACCUCACUUAACGCAGACCACCCAGCCGAGCAAAGCCCCAGCCAGCCUGCCCCCCUCCUCCUCCUCCUCCUCCUCCUCCUCCUCCUCCACCCUAGCCCCUAGGAGAGGGCCGCAGCCUCAGGAGUUGGUUCCGUCGAAGGAAAAGUCCUCCUCAGGCGCUGGCACUCACCCAGUGGUCGUCCUUUCAAUGAAGCCUCCCCACACCACCCCCCAGUUACCCAAGCUCCAACAGGCCCCGACGUCUCCCCACACCCCCCAGUUGCCCAAGCUCCAACAGGCCCCGACGUCUCACAACAGGCCUAACCUCCACUCGCCACUGUCCCAUCCGCCACCCUUGCAGGCGCAUCAUCCUGUGGGAUCCUCUGACAAGCCCCUCUCCGGCCAGGUUCAGCAGCCCAUCAUCACCCAGGGAGCAACCGUGACCAAGAUUACCUUUGGCACGUGUCACAUGUCACCCCCAAGAACCAGCAGCAGUGGAGAAGCAACAAGCAAAGUGGUGCCGGAGACCAGCACGGGCGCGAGCCACCCUAAAGACAAGCCCUCGGUGUCCUCCGACAUCCUUAAGAUCUCCAUGAUGGAGGCUGAGAUCGACCCCAGCGCCGAGCCUAUGGUCGUGGACAGCUCCAGUGACAAGAAGCCUCCCGCCACCUCCCUCAUCAGCUCCUCCGCCUCCGCCUCUGUGCUGCACCACUCAAAACAACAGCUCGGGAAAUACAGCCACAUGCCAGCAGGCCUCGCCUCCCAAAAGAACAAGGAACUGGAUGUCAUUCAGGUCAUCCCACAGUACUCAAUCAUGCCAGACUCUAGCCAGUCCAAUGUUGUGGUGGAGCAGAGCGGCUUCCUGGAGAUCACCGACUACACCAGCCAGCGUCUGGACGACGAGAGCGUCAUGGAGCAGGAGCUGGACAGCAGCAACGAUGAGGCCGCAGCUGCAAGUCCAAUGGAAGGCUGUGCUGACCAAUCGCACUGAGCCUCAUAGGGGCGGGCUCCUCCUGUGCCGACCAAUCCCACUGAGCCUGUUAUGAAAGUUCUGAAAAAAAACAAAAUGAAGUGAACUUUGGUAGCAAAAUAGAUUUUUAUUAAAAUAUCAGCAAAAAUGAACGUCAUUUGGGAUAAUCCUGAAUAAAAAAAAUCUUGUAUUUGUUUGUAUUGUUUCUGGCAGCGCUUGAGUGGUCCAACUGUUGGGUUGGUGUAUGAUCAGUUGUACCUGUGUAUUGGACUGAAGACCGUGUAGAUAUGAGUGGGCCAUAAUGCAUCAGUGUGACUCUUGUGACUUGAUGUGAUGUUCAAGUAGGAUAGAGGACAUUUGCUUGCACCUAAUCCUGAAAUGUCUAAGUUACUUGCAUUUCUGUACAUUUUACAAUUAUUUCUUUUUGUACUAAACUUUUUUCAUUUGAACAACUUUUAAAUAAUCUUGCUGUUUUUUUUAUAUAUUUGAGCAGAAACUGUGUAAAAAGUGAAUCACUGUAAGCAACACUGGACUUAAUGAAGUAUACUUAAAGAACUGUAACAUAAAACCAUCUUCAGGCCUGGUGUUGCUUACAGUGAUCAUAAAUGAAACAGCUGAAUGUAUCCUCUGUUAAGUGAGGCUAAAAGUAGUAAUUAGGAUACAAUAAAGAGAUGUAGAAUAUGUUUCUCAUAAGAUUGCAUACCUUAUGCCUGUUGCAAACUCAUUAUUAGCAGAUAACUGUCCAAAUACAGAUUAAUUAAAAGCUUUUACAAACUGA